AUAUGAGAGAUAUAUCCAGACGUCCCGACAAGUCUCUUUUCUCCAGCAAGUAACACAUCCAAGUCUCGGCUCAACGAUCCGUUCAAGCGAGACAAGAAAACCUGUUGCCAGCCCGUGUCUGGAGAAUUUACAUAAAAUUCGAAUAAUAACAUAAACAAAUCGUAUUAAACAAAUCGUUAGCAAGGCUGGUGACGGUUCAGGUGAGGGAGCUCUGUGCAAAUCUUGAAAGCCUUUAUAAAUUGCCAGAAUUUUUGGGGAAAAGUCACAGAACGCUUUCGAGUGUUGCAGGAACAAGAAGCUUCAAUUAACUUUACAAAAUGAAAUUUAUCUUAUUGAUUGCUAUUCUCUCCUUGGGGCAUGCUGCUUGGGGCAUGGUGCCCCCGACCACGGAAACCACAACAACAACCGCAACGGGGAAGCCACAGCCUACUGAGUUGCCACAGCACAUCAAGGAUUUCAUAACCAGCCACAUCAAUCAUCUUAUCCAGCACGUUAAGAAUAAGCCCUCCCAAACGACUCUUACUGGGUCCAUCGAUAGUAGUAGCGGGAGUAAUGGUAACAAGGGGAUUACGAGUGGGUCGCCAGUGGUCGUUCCCUAUCCAGAUCUCCUUCCACCAUUGGCACACUCUGGUGAUGUCCAUGCCCCUGCCGCUGUUGACCAGCCAGCGACUGCACCUGCGUUGCAACCUGGCCUACAAUCGGUGCAAACUGGCAAUCCAUCGAUAAAGGUGACCGACCACAAGGCCACCGGAAUACUCCUCCACAAGGGCCAGCCUGUGAUUCACAACAAAGUUCAGCAUUUGGGGGAUUCUAGUCCGGUCAUCGAUGUGUCCGAAAAGUUGCACUCGCUACAGCAUCAUGUCAACAAGGUGAUGCAACAGGCGGAGCAGCACAUUCCUCUGGCCGUUCAGCAGGCAAUCCGGAAGAGGAAGGAACAGCAGGAGCAGAGGGAGAAACAGGAGCAACUCCAGAAGGAAAAGGAGCAGAAGGACAAGGAGGAAUCAAAGCCAGAGGUUGAGAAACCCGCCAAGGAGGAGACCACUCCCAUUAAAACCCCUCGCGCCCUGGUGAUCCCACCACAUGUCACCAACAUUGUAAACCAGGUCCAUGGCCACAUCCCCCAACUGAUUGCCCAGCACAAGGAGGAGAUCAAGCUGGGCAAGUGUAGCUUUCAGUGUCCCCGGGAGGCAUUGAGCAUUUGUGCCAGCAACGGCAAGUGUGUGGUCAAUUUUCCCGGCCAGUGCGAGUUGAGCCAGUGGAACUGCUUCAACACCAAGAAUGUUUUCCACCAGGUGCACGAUUCCGAGUGUCAGAACACCAUCAAGUGCUAUCAGAGAGAUAUGAUGUAAAAAAAACGAAUUUCUUUAAAAUUAAUAUCAAAAAUGUAUGUGAAUAUCUUAUAUUUAAGAAAAUAAAGGUUCAAAUAAAA